GUAUGUUUGGGAGUUAAAGCCGCUCUCUUUUCGGCAUUUUCUUAAAUUCUGUUGUUGUUGCCUUGGCUGGGCCUUCUUCCUUUUUCUUUUAUGUUUUGAUGUUUUGGGGGUCUUGGAUAUGUGGGAUCUGGGCUUCAUGGGUUUUAGGGUUUUGGGUUGAUGAUUCAGGUUGAAUUUUGUUUUUGGGGGUUUUUUUUCGGGUGCAUCUGUUUUUCGAAAAAAAAAUUUCUGUUGUCAUCACUUGUUUUUUUUUUUUUUUUUUGGGAGUUUUGGACAUAUUGGAUUUGGGUUUCAUUGCUUUUAGAGGGUAUUGGGCUGAUGAAUCAUGUUGAAUUAUGAUUUUGUGAAUAGUUGAUCGGACUGGUUGAAAAUCUGUGGAUCUGGGUUGUGGAUAUGCACGGGUUUUGGGGUUCUAGUGGAUGAAUCAGAUUGAAUUAUAGGAUUUUGAGGAGGUUCGGCUUUCUGAUAUAAUUGUCACAAUGCCAUCAACAGAGAAUCAGGGAUCUGCCUCACCUUUUGUGUCAUUUGGUCGCUCAAUUUUGAGUAUUAGGCGUGAACAGAUUCAUUCCAUGGAAGCAAAUCAUGACCCUAAUACUCAGGAGUCAGAGAUUGAAUUGUUUCUGCAACUGAUUUCUAAACGAUUUCAUGAUCUCUCAGUUGUUAGUGCUGAUGAAUUGCUGUCUCUUGCUUGGAUGUGGAAACUGUUGGAUGCAUUCAUUUGUUGCCAUGAGGAAUUCAGGGUUAUCUUGUUGAACAACAAAGUUCAGGUCUGCAAACCACCUUUGGACCGUCUGGUUGCUGAGUUCUUUGACCGAUGUCUGAAGGCUCUUGAUAUUUGUAAUGCAACUCGUGAUGGAAUUGAGAAGAUUCGGCAAUGGGAAAAGCAGUUGGAAAUUGUUUUGUCUGCCAUGGAUUCUCGCCAGAGGACGAUGGGUGAAGGGCAGUUCCGUCGAGCAAGAAAAGCUUUGAUGGACUUGGCCAUAGCAAUGCUGGAUGAGAAGGAAACUGGGUCUAUUUUCUCACACCGUAACCGGUCAUUUGGGCGUCAUCAGUCAAGCAAGGAUCAGCGACAUCACCUGCCUGGGCAUUCUCGAUCUCUCUCAUGGAGUGUAUCUCGCUCUUGGUCUGCAGCUAAGCAGCUCCAAUCAAUUGCAAACAACUUGGUCCCACCUCGUGGAAAUGAUAUCUCUGCUACUAAUGGGCUUGCAGUCCCUGUUUUUGCCAUGAGCUAUGUGCUCAUGUUUGUACUGUGGGCUCUGGUUGCUGCCAUUCCUUGUCAGGACAGGGGCCUCCAGAUUCAUUGUUCAGUCCCCCGGCAUUUCUCAUGGGGUGCUCCAUUUAUCUUGCUUCAAGAAAGGAUUACGGAGGAAUCAAAGAAGCGGGAGCGGCGGAAUUCUAGCGGAUUGUUGAAGGAGAUCAAUCAGAUGGAAAGGUGUGCAUCUCACAUGACAGACUUAGUGGAUUCAGUUCACUUUCCUCUGACGGAUGAACUUAAGACAGAAGCAGGACAGCAAGUGCAGGAGGUAACACUGGUUUGCGAAGCAUUGAAGAAUGGACUGGAUCCAUUGGAGCGCCAAGUGAGAGAAGUAUUCCGUAAGAUCAUGAAUGGCCGAACAGAGGGUCUUGAAUUCUUGGGCAGUGUGAACAAGCCUGAGUAAUUCACAUUGGUAAACUUCUAGUGAGCAUCAAAUGUACAAAUUUGCGAAUAUGUUGUUGUUCUAGGUUUUGCCAGCAUAUUAUGAGGGAGAAGACUGACUUGAAAAGAUUGGCAACAAUAAAUGGUUGGGCAGGUAUACAUCUAUUGUAUUUAUCUCAAUACCUUCUGUAAAGAACAUAGUAUUUUAUAUUGGAUCCUUUUGUUUUAUGGUGAUGUUUCCCAGUUGGUUUUGAUUUGGUA